CUUCGGGAUGCCCCACUUCUCGGCCAUGGCCUCCAAGUCGGGCAUCUUGUUGGUCGCCUUGCCGUUGGCAUCGGCGGCCACGAAGGGCAUGUUGGUGGGACCGAAGGAGGCGGAUGGGUUGAAGUCCGUGUUGAGAACCGCGAGGCCCUUGACCUUCUCGGCCAUAGCCUUCAAGUCGGGCAUCUUGUUGGUCGGCUGGCCGUUGGCAUCGGCGGCUACCAUGGGCAUGUUGUUGAGACUGGCCGGGGCGGAUGGGUUGAAGCUCGGGUUGAAAACCGCGAGGGGCACGACCGACUGUCCGUUGGCGGUUUGGGCUUUGGCAGCAUCUUGGGCACCCUGGGCUUUGGCAGCAUCUUGAGCACCCUGGGCUUUGGCGGCAUCCUGGCCACCCUGGGCUUUGGCAUCUUGGGCAGCCUGGGCUUUCAAGGCAUCUUGGCCAACCUGGGCUUUGGCAGCAUCUUGGCCAACCUGGGCUUUGGCAGCAUCUAGGCCAACCUGGGCUUUGGCAGCAUCUAGGCUACCAUGGACUUUGGCGGCAUCUUGGGCACCCUGGGCUUUGGCGGCAUCUUGGCCAGCCUGGGCUUUGGCAUCCUGGCCACCCUGGGCUUUGGCAUCUUGGGCAGCCUGGGCUUUCAAGGCAUCUUGGGCGUCCUUCCACUUGUUCCACAGGGCGUCCUUCCACUUGUUCCAGUCAUUGUUCGCCCAGGAGUCCUUGUUCUCCCAGGAGGCCGUGUUCUGCUGGGCGGCGUCCUUGUUCGCCUGGGCGUCCUUGUUCUGCUGGGCGGCGUCCUUGCUCGCCUGAGCGGCGUCCUUGUUCGCGGC